AUGUCAUGUUGUAAUCAUGCAAAGGAUAACUUAAUGUGCCGUGAUGUUUGUGAACAGAUUUUAUCCUCUAAAAGUGAUUCCCGUUUGAAACAUUUGCUGCAGCGGGCACCAGAAUAUUGCCCAGAGUCAAUGGGAGAAGUUUGGGGUUGUAUAAAUUCUUCUUUGCCAGGUGUUUUGAAAAAGUCUGAUGGUUGGGUUGGCUUAGGUUGCUGUGAACUAGCUAUUGUUGUGGAAUGUCGACAAGCAUGUAAACAGGCUUCUUCAAAAAAUGACAUUUUGAAAGUUUGCAGAAAAGAAUAUGAGAAUGCUCUUUUUAGUUGCAUUAACAGAAACGAGAUGGGAUCAGUUUGUUGCAGUUAUGCAGGACAUCAUACAAACUGCCGGGAAUAUUGUCAAGCAAUUUUUCGGACAGACUCUUCUCCUGGUCCUUCACAAAUAAAAGCAGUUGAAAGUUACUGUGCCUCUAUUAGCCCUCAGUUAAUACACUGCGUGAACAACUACACGCAGUCAUAUCCAAUGAGAAACCCUACAGAUAGUUUGUAUUGCUGUGACAGAGCAGAAGAUUAUACCUGCCAAAGUGCUUGUAAAAAGAUUCUGAUGUCAAAGAAAACAGAACUUGAAAUUGUUGAUGGACUUAUAGAAGGAUGUAAAACAAUGCCUCUGCCUCAAGAUCCACUCUGGCAGUGUUUUCUUGAGAGUUCAAGGUCUGUUCACCCUGGCGUCACUGUGCAUCCUCCUCCUUCAACAGGCCUUGAUGGGGCUAAAUUGCAUUGCUGUUCUAAAGCAAACACGUCCACAUGUAGGGAGUUGUGCACUAAACUUUAUAGCACAAGCUGGGGCAAUACACAGAGUUGGCAAGAAUUUGAUCGCAUUUGUGAGUACAGCCCAGUUGAAGUUUCCAUGUUGACCUGUUUAGCAGACGUACGCGAACCUUGUCAGCUGGGCUGUAGAAAUCUCACUUACUGCACUAAUUUUAAUAACAGACCAACAGAACUUUUUAGAAGCUGCAAUGCUCAGUCAGACCAAGGAGCCAUGAAUGACAUGAAGCUUUGGGAGAAAGGAAGUAUUAAGAUGCCAUUUAUAAACAUUCCUGUUCUUGACAUUAAAAAAUGCCAACCAGAAACAUGGAAGGCAAUUGCUUGCUCACUGCAGAUUAAACCUUGUCAUAGUAAAUCUAGAGGAAGUAUUAUCUGCAAAUCAGAUUGUGUGGAAAUUCUCAAGAAAUGUGGAGACCAAAAUAAAUUUCCUGAGGGCCACACAGCUGAAAGCAUUUGUGAACUUCUGUCUCCAACAGAUGACUUUGAGAACUGUAUCCCUUUGGAUACAUACCUUAGCCCGAGUUCUUUGGGUAACAUUGUGGAGGAGGUUACACAUCCAUGUAAUCCAAAUCCUUGUGCUGCCAAUCAGUUGUGUGAAGUAAAUAGAAAAGGAUGUCAGUCUGGAGAACCCUGUCUUCCCUAUUUUUGUGUUCAAGGUUGCAAGUUGGGAGAAGCUUCAGAUUUUAUUGUCCGCCAAGGUACACUUAUUCAGGUUCCAUCAUCUGCAGGAGAUGUUGGUUGCUUCAAAAUUUGUACCUGUGGACAGAGUGGACUGUUAGAAAACUGUAUGGAGAUGCAUUGUGUUGACCUCCAAAAGUCAUGUAUUGUUGGAGGACAAAGGAAAAGCCAUGGAACAUCCUUUAACAUAGAUUGUAAUGUCUGUUCUUGUUUCGCUGGAAACUUGAUAUGUUCCACUCGUCAGUGUCUUAAUGAGCAUAACUCAGCAGAGGAACGUCGUAUGUUUACAGGUCUACCAUGUAACUGUGCUGAUCAGUUUGUCCCAGUGUGUGGGCAAAAUGGACGCACAUAUCCAAGUGCAUGCAUAGCACGAUGUGUUGGGCUCCAGGACAAUCAGUUUGAAUUUGGAUCAUGUAUCUCCAAGGAUCCUUGUAACCCUAACCCUUGUACCAAAAAUCAGAGGUGCAUUCCAAAGCAGCAGGUUUGCUUAACGAGUUUUGAGAAGUUUGGAUGUAGCCAGCAUGAAUGUGUGCCAAGACAAUUCAAUUGUGACCAGUUACGGGAUCCUGUUUGUGACACAGAUAAUAUGGAAUAUAAUAACUUGUGUACUCUGUACCAAAAAGGAAAAAAUGUAUCCUACAGGGGUCCAUGCCAGCCCUUCUGCAAAUCAGUGGAACCAGUAUGUGGACAUAAUGGUGAAACCUACAGUAAUGUGUGUGCUGCCUAUUCUGACCGUGUGGCUGUGGACUACUAUGGACAUUGUCAAGCUGUAGGAGUUGUCUCAGACUAUAGUUUACAAACAGAAUGCACCUCUGUUAAAUGUCCUCCUCUUUCUGCAACUGGAUGCAAACCAGUUGUUGCACCAGGAGCCUGCUGCCCACUGUGUGCUGGAAUGCUGAGAGUCUUAUACGAUAAAGACAAGCUGGACACUUUUGCUAAGGUAACCAAUAAAAAGCCAAUAACUGUACUUGAAGUACUUCAAAAAAUCCGUCUACAUGUUUCAGUGCCACAAUGCGAUGUGUUCGGAUACUUAAGCAUAGAAUCUGAAAUUGUGAUUCUCAUCAUACCCGUUGAUCAAAACCCCAAACCAUUGCAGAUUGAAGCCUGCAAUAAAGAAGCAGAAAAGAUAGAGUCGCUGAUAAAUUCUGACAGCCCAACUUUAGCAUCCCAUGUGCCGUUAUCCGCACUUAUCACAUCCCAAGUGCAAGUUUCCUGUAGUAUAUCUUCUUCCUCUGUUAAAGCUGUGCCUGUAUUGCAGACCCUGCUCUUGAGCCUUAUAUUGACCUUGCAAGCAUCAAUCUACAAUACAUAA